UUUAAAUUAAAACUAUGGAACAUUUCUCAGCAGAGGAACUUCUCGCUCUUCAAGAUGUAAUCGAAAGUGAUUCAAAACAAUCCGAACAAGUCCUUGAGAAUUCUCUGGAAAUCAUUCAUGACACAUUGUCCCAAGAAAUCCAAAAGCUGAACACAUUUGUCGACAAAAUAGGGAGGAGCACAAGCAAUAGCUUUACUGAUAUGGGUCAGAAUAACCCAGGAAAUAAUCCAUAUGAACAAUCAAAUCUUCCUCCUAUCAACAGGAGGGAGAACAAAUAUGUCACAUUUUCAGUUAAUGCUUCUAAAGAUUUCCGUAUGAGCCUCGUAAAGAAAUCGGUUAAUCGCCUCAAGGAGAAGGCUCCUGAUACCUUAAAGAUCAAAGAGGUUUUAUCAGAUAACCUUGCUCACUCAUCCCCAAUUGAACUGUACUCAACCCUUUAUAGUCUAAGUCCUGAAGUCUGGAGUAUUUACAGAAGGUUUAGAAAAGAUUGAAUAAUAGCCACCAUCCACUCAAAAUUCAAACCUGAACAAAAAUUAAGCCUCAAUGUUGAAAGUGAUGGGAGGGUAUAUGAUGGCAACACACAAAUUUCCAUCCCUGAUCCUCUCAAUGAGUCUGAGAUAUCUCAAACCUUACAGCUCAUAUGAAGAUGCAUCGAGCAAGAAGUAGAAGCUGAGCUUGAAGUGUACAUAGAAAAUGAAGUCUAUAUUUUACCAAUCACUAUCCAAGAGCAUUUAUUUUCUAUAUUUCUGACAAUUCUUCUUGAUUUCAUGAUAACUUGAGGUUACAUUACUGAAGAACAAAAAAAUUCUAUGUUCAAACAUAAUGAAGAGAAUGACCUAAACUUAACUAUUGGCUUUGGAGAAGAAUCAAAACAUCCAGACCUGGAACCACUUUUUCCGUGUGAUAUAAACACAAAGUUGUUCAUGAUUGAGCGGAUCAAUCAUUUGGAAGAUAAACUUACAACAAUAAUUUUACAAAAUCCCACUCUGGCUUCUAUAGAGGAGGGAGGUAAUCCUAAUACUAUGAUUUUGUCCAAUACUUGAAGAAUGGUCUCCAACGCAAUGGCUGAAGGAAUAGAUCAAAUCCUUGCCAAAAUGAUGAAGGAUGAACUAGACCACUGCAUGAGUUCGAGCCAGAACAGUUUCUAUGAAUCUGAGUCUUCUUAUGUAUCUCAAAAUUUUUCAAAAUAAAGGAAAACACAAGAAAAAUCAAUUGCAUCAAUUUGAAGCAAGUGAGGAUAAUGAUUUUGACAAUAAUCUGAAUUCAAACUUUCAUAAUAACUCUGAGAGAUACACAGUUGCCAAUAGUGUCGCAGCCAGUGAUAGGCAAGUAAUAAAGCUACUUCAGAAGAACUCCAUUGAAAAAUCUUAUGUAAAUAACAUUCCAGAAGUUUCAGAAGAAGACUUGCGUCAGUCCCAAUCUCCUAGAAUCUACAUGUCGCAUUCAAGGAGUAAGAACAAGGAAGAUUUUAAAAAUAACACAAAGAAGAGCCAAAAGUACACUAUCGAGUAGCAAAUUAAAAUUCUAC